UCUGAGAAAGAAAUGAAAGAGCUGGCACAAAACCCAACACUCUCAUUUCCUCACAAUAUAACACGACACAACAUCACUAAAAACAUCCUCAAAAAUAUAAUUAUAUAUAUCUAUUCAUUAUUCACACUCAUUUCACAAUCCUAGCCUAGAACAAACCCACGAUAUAUCAAACUCAUAUGAUUAUUAUGACUAUGAUAUCUUUAGAUUUUCAAAACCAAACCAUUCUUAGCUUUCAUCUUUGAGCUCAAACUCCAACGUUCCAAACUUGCAUACACAAACCUCUAGAUUUUUUCUUCUGUUUCUUAAUAUGAGUAACUGGUUAGGCUUUUCUCUCUCCCCACACUUGAGGAUUGGUGAAGAUUUUGGUACAGAAAACCAAAACCAAAACCAUGGAGAAGGUUCAGAAACUGGAAGAAACUAUGUUCCUUCUUCUCCUCAUCCUCAUCCUCAUCCUCAUCAACACCUUUCUGUUAUGCCUCUACGAUCUGAUGGUUCACUUUGUGUUUCUGAUUCCUUUACACCUCAAGAAUGGAGAUAUGAGAAUGGAAUAACUGGUGGAAAUUCAAAUGAAGAAGGACCAAAACUUGAAGAUUUUUUGGGAUGUUACUCAAACCAAAACCAGAAUAGUACUAAUAUUUCCAAAAUCAAUGUUAAUGUUUCACCAAGUUUUUGCACCAACAAUAACACAGAGAUUGAAACAGGAGAGAAUCAUACUCAUCAUAAUCAUAAUCAUCAUAAUCAUAAUCACAAUCACAAUCACAAUCACAAUCACAAUCAUCUAUCAAACCAAUCUCUGAUUCACUCUUUCCAUCAUGCAUACAACGAUAACAACAACAAUCAUCACGCUUUAAUCAACAAUAGUACUAUGUACAAGUCUUGGAUGACUCAGACUCAGUUUUCUGAUGGGAAAACUUCUAAUGAUGGAAAUGGUUGUAGCUUUCAAUCUCUUAAUUUAACUAUGAGUCCAAGUAUGCCAAAUGGUGUAAGUGUUGGUGUUGGUGUUGGUGGUGCAAUUUCUAAUGUUCAGAUGAAUGAAGAUCCUAGGAAAAGGUCUUUGUCAAAAUCUGGUUCUGCUAGAGAACCUGUCCCUCGCAAAUCUAUUGAUACUUUUGGACAAAGAACAUCUCAAUAUCGUGGUGUUACAAGACAUAGAUGGACUGGGAGAUAUGAGGCACAUUUGUGGGAUAAUAGUUGCAGAAAAGAAGGACAAACAAGGAAAGGAAGACAAGGUGGUUAUGAUAAGGAAGAAAAAGCAGCAAAAGCUUAUGAUUUAGCUGCACUCAAGUAUUGGGGUCCAACAACUCACAUAAAUUUCCCUUUAAGCACUUAUGAAAAGGAACUUGAAGAAAUGAAGAACAUGACUAGGCAAGAAUUUGUGGCCAAUUUAAGAAGGAAGAGCAGUGGAUUUUCAAGAGGUGCUUCUGUGUAUAGAGGUGUGACAAGACACCAUCAACAUGGAAGGUGGCAGGCUCGAAUCGGACGGGUUGCGGGAAACAAAGACUUGUAUCUUGGUACAUUUAGCACACAAGAGGAGGCUGCAGAAGCAUAUGAUAUUGCAGCAAUCAAGUUUAGAGGAACAAGUGCUGUGACCAACUUUGAUAUAAGUAGGUAUGAUGUCAAGAGAAUUUGCUCAAGCUCAACUCUAAUAGCCGGAGAUCUCGCGAAACGGUCACCUAAGGAAUCCGCGCCUCCUGCUGCAGCCACUGCCGAGGAGUUCAAUCCGUGCGGGAGUACGUCGGCACCUUCUCAGCCGCCUCCUCUAGUUAUUACCGACGGCGAACAGCAGCAUUCUGAUGAAUUGUCCAACAUGGUGUGGAAUUCAAACAAGGAUGAACAACCACCGCAGAACGAGUGCGGAAACAACACCAACGUCAACGUCGUCGCUGAAUCGUCGCAGCUCGGUGACGGUUCGCCAAGCAACAAGACUGAGAUGAACAAAUUACCUAAUGAGUUUGGAGGGAGUGGAGCAGAUUAUGGACAUGGUUACUUCACACUGCAAGGACCAAAGUUUGAUGAUGGAAACAAUGAAAAUGACCACAUGAAUAACAAUAGGCUUGGGAAUUUGGGCUUGGUUAAUCAAGUUCCUAUGUUUGCUUUGUGGAAUGAAUGAAUGAAUGUAAUGUUCGAGUUUGACAUUAAAAAAACAUUAGCUUAGGAAACUAAGGUCAAAUGUCAGAUUUAUUAUUAUUGAAUGAUUAUUGUUGUUUAGUAUAUUUUGUAACUUGUUUUUCUUUUGGAGGAAAAAGAUGUGUCAGAAAAAGUUGAUUC